AUGUCGUCAUAGAAUAGGGUGGAUGCAUCCCCAGUCUUUGAUUCAAUGAACAAAGAUGAGAAGGAUAAAAUUUUAAAAACUAGUAAUGAAAAUAGUGGUGAUCAAACAAAUAAAGACUCGAUGGUUAAUAGUAAAUAAGAUUAGACGACUAUUAAUAAAUAAGACACCUCUGUAAUCAAUGGAUAGCAAAGCAGUGGAGCAGACACUUUGCAGGUUGGUAAGAAAAAACUUCCCAGCAAAAGCUCUGCAAGCGAUAAUACUAAAUCUGGAAACGGAGGCGGAGAAACAGUUAACACAAAAGGAAAUGAUGAAGAGGAGAAGCUAACUCUAGUGAACAACUUAAAAAAAUAGUCACAGCUAAAGAAGAAUGCUACAGACAGUCCAAGCGUGAUGACUAAUCCUUCCAAAUUAGGCAGAGCUGAAAUAAAAAUUCAAAAUGUAUCUCCAAUUAGAAGAAAGAUUAGAAAAAUGGUUAGAUCGAAGCCUGUAUUGUAUAUGAUCAUCUUUUUGGUUAUAAUAUAUACAAUAUUAAUUUUUGUUGAUAUCACUUUACAAUAAUUCUUGGAUUAAGAUUAGCAAGAUAAUAUCGAUAACCGUUUAAGAUAUGUUGAGCUAGUCAUUUUGAUUAUCUUUUGUAUAGAAAUUAUCUUAAAUGCUUAUGGUACUGGAAUUAAGAAUUAUUUUAGAGACAGAUGGCUUGUAUUGGAUGCAAUAAUUAUCUUGCUUAGUUUAGUUUUAGUUAUAAUUGAUAUGACAGUAAGCUUUGGUUCAAAAUUCACUUCAGUAGCAAGUAUUAUCAGAGCAAUUUUUCGUUUCUUAAGAAUCUUUUUGCUUCUUAGAAAGCUUUAAAAUUUCAAGAAAAUAAAUGUCACUUCAAGCAUAAAAACUCCAUCUGAAAAAGUUUUAGAAAUCUUAUCAGAAUUUAAGGAAUACUUUGAUGAUACUGAAAUUAUUUCUGACAUUGACUGGUCCAUGAAAAUGAUUGCUUCAAAUAAACUUUACGAGCCCGUUAUUGGUGAAGGUGGUGAUGAUUUACUUGCAGCCUGGUCAAAUCAAAAUUAAAAACAAGAUUCCUCCAAAGCCGAUUAAAAUAAUCAAAAUAAUCCUUAAGAAAAGUAAGUAGCCCCAAGCAAUUUUAAUAGAAAAUCUACAGUACAUAAAAUUAUGCAUAUGCCUGAAACUAUUACACAAAAGUUUAUUCCAGCCCACAUUGCAAAAGAAUUUGAUAAGGCAAUUGAUGAAAUUACUUUUAAUUGUUUUGAAAUUUAAAAAAUGUGUGGCGGCCAAGAGUCUUCUUAGUUAUUGGUUUACUUGUUUGAUAAAUAUAACUUACUUGAUGAUCUCAAGAUAGAUUCAUAAAAAUUCAUUAACUUAAGUGUAAGAAUAUAGAAUGGUUACAGAGAUAAUCCUUACCAUGAUCGUCUCCACUCAUUUGAUGUCACUUAGACCAUUCAUUUUUUUAUAUCUAGAUGCAAAUUUGGAGAGCUUGCUAAAUUAAAGUCUAUGGAAAGGGCUGCUAUGUAUUUUUCAGCUGCAAUUCAUGAUUUUGAUCACCCAGGCUAUAACAAUGUAUUCUUGAUCAAUACUUAAAACAUCUUGGCAUUAAAAUUUAAUGAUUAAAGUGUAUUAGAAAACCACCAUGUAAGUUCUGUCUAUGAAAUGAUUCUUAAAAACCAUAAUUUGAACAUUUUCUCAAAUUUCUCAAAUGACGAAUAUAAGCAAUUUAGAGAAAUGGUAGUUAAUAUGGUCCUUGCUACUGAUAUGACAAAGCAUUUUGCUGAUAUCUCUAAACUCAAAUCUCGUAUUGCCGCCACAGAUUUUGAAAUUGAUGGAAAAGAUAAGAAAACAGUUAUGGAGUCUUUAUUGCAUGCUUCUGAUAUUAGCAACCCUGCUAGACCUUGGGAAAUAUGUUAUCAAUGGACAAAUAAAGUUAUGACUGAAUUUUGGGCAUAAGGUGAUGAAGAAAAAAGAUUAGGCCUACCAGUAACUUACUUGUGUGAUAGAGUCGAAACAAAUACUUCGAAGAGUUAGCAAGGUUUUAUAGAUUUCGUUGUUAAGCCUCUAUUUGAAAUUAUAUCGAACUUUUUACCUGAACUCUAACAAUUUAUGAUAAAUUUUGAAUAAAACAAAGAGAAAUGGGCUGAAUUACUCCCUAAAUAUGAAGCAGAGCUGAAGGCCCUUAAAGAAGACAAGGAAAAAAACUAAGCAAAAGAAUGA